CGCCGACAAAGUAUCAUUGACAUUGUCUAUUGCUUAUUUAAUUCAUUGACUGAACGUGGAUGAGAAUAAGUACGACAUAGAAGAGAAGCAAUUGAAAAGCAAAUAAAAGUGAAACGAAAGUUUAAUUUGCUGAACAAGAAGAAAAAGAAAAAAAGUUUGAAGAAAAAUUGAACAUUAAUCAUAAAUGAAAAGAGAUUUAAAGUGCAAUUGAAAGUGUUAGAUAAGAAAUAAUUUCAUUUAAAAGAGUGUGAUAAAUUAAAGUGGGAUAAAAAUGAAAUAUAUCACAAUCAACUUUGUUCUGCUGCUGCUAUUCUUCAUCAGCAAAAUCAACCAAAUCCAAUGCCUGUGCGUCCUAGAAUCAGAUUUCGGCUUCUCGAUAAAUUGUAAUUUUAAAAAGUCGGGACUGUUUCGAGUGAGAAAUUUGGGUGGUCUUAAAGCGCAUUUUGGUUUAGGCUUCAGCUUAGGUGACGAAUUAGGAUUUCCUGAGUCUCUCGGAAAUGUCGAAGCUAAUAAGAAGAGAUCACUUGAUGUUCGAAUGGGAAAUAAUGCGAUUGGAGUUUUACCUGCUGCACAAAUGCCGGUCACAUCCAUCCGAAUGCGACCUCAGGCAACAAUUUCUCCAAGUCAUUACAUGCAGAUUCAGACAAUGAUUCCGCGUCCCGCUAUGUCAGCACCUAAAUUGUAUAAGAAGCAACCUCUGAUGACUGAAGCUUCGUCACUUCCAUUGGGUGUUCCACGAUUCAAGACAAUUCCAAAAGGAAUGUUAAAAGUUAAAGAGGAUUUGUAUAAGCAUCAAAUAACUUCACCGGCUUUGCCAAAGUAUAAUGAUCAACGUCAGUUAAGCGGAGCUAACAGGUUUCUGAAAGCAAUGGCAACCACGGGCGUACAAACAUCUGGUGAACGUGUCAGUGUAAUUUAUUCAGCACCCGUUCCUGAAUUUCAAGCACUUCCUUCUUCAAUCGUCACCGCCCAAAUUGUUGAGCCGACAAAAGUCGAAUAUCAUCCAAAAGAAGAAAAGCUACCAGAAGUUGAUUUGAAAGGACACACAGUUGAAGAAUUGGCAGCCGUAGCAAAAGUUUCUGUUGAUGUUAUUAAAGCAGCCAUAAAACUUCGGCAACAACAAAUGGCUUUGGAGAAGAAAAUUUAUGCAAAUUUUCCCAAACAGCAAACUUUUAAAAAACCAACAACGCCCCAGUCAUCGCAGGUUGUAGAAUUUCAAUGGCCUGAGAAAGUAGUAAGUUAUUCAACAACCGCAGAGCCAAGCACAACGAGAUAUAUACCGAAGAAAAAGGUCACUAAGAAACCCAUCAUCAAAAAUGGUCACAAAGUGAUGAAUGCACCAAAGGAAUUCUACCCGGUUGGAUACGAGAAAAACUUUGACGACAGCUUCAAAUCACGAAUCGAUUUCCCAGCCACGUCAUUCCAUUGUGGUGAUCAGAAGCACUUCCCAGGCUUGUACGGUGAUCAAGAUUUGGGCUGCAUGGUAUUCCAUGUUUGCGCAAUAACUGACGAUGGUUUGGUUAUGAAGUCGUUCUUGUGUCCUGAAAGCACACUUUUCGAUCAGACAAUCUUGAAAUGCAAUUGGUGGUUCUACACUGAUUGCAAAGACAGCAAAUCUCUCUACGAUUCAAACUUGCCGGUGUCAAAAAGCUACCAAUUGAUGAAAUCACUUUCCUAUUUCAACAAACAUUAUAAAAGUUCAACGAACUCAACAUCUACUGAAUUACCCGAGAAAUCUGAUGAAGAUAAUAAUAAUAAUAUUCAGGAAGCUGAGACCCCAAAAUUUUAUUCAGUGGCUAAUGUAGGAGAUGAAUUAGGAUUUCCGGAGUCAUUAGGCAAUGUGGAAGGUAGCAGACGGAGAGCGCUUAACCUCAGAACUGGUGGAAAUACACUUGGCGUGUUGCCUGGAGCUAAAAUGCCGGUUAAGAAAGCAGUGCCAAAACUACAUCAGAGUCGUCCACAAGCAGUUACAACAUCACACCAAAUGAUUCAGAUGCAAACGAUGGUACCACGUCCCAUGGUUUCAACACCUCAAGGGUUCAGGAAGCCAAAUCAAAUGACUGAAGCAACGUCACUGCCGUUAGGAGUUCCAGCUUUUAAGCCGAUACCUCGUGACACCAUAAAUGUCAGUGGAUCAACGACAAAAAUGACAUCAACAGGAAUCGCAGAACAAGAAACUUAUGACAACAAUCAAAAAAGCUAUCGAAGCGUUCCUUCGUUUUCUUCCAAGCAAACACAGCACUCAAGAAUUUCUUUUGGACAGGAACAUCGAGUAGGAAACGAAAUUCAACAACCGAUAGCGCAGCCGCUUGUUCAAACAUUCGAGAAUGAAGAGCUACCUCAAGUUGAUUUGAAAGGACAUACAGUAGAAGAGUUGGCAACAGCAGCAAAUGUAAGUGUGGAAGUCAUUCAAACAGCAAUAAAAAUGCGCCAACAACAAAUGCUACUUGAAAAGAGAAAUUAUGCAAACACAUUUAAUCAAAGAAAUGAUGGAAGUCAUGCAACAAUUCAGACAACGCCAACAACAAUAAUUAGAACGACACCGACGACUACUACAGCACGUACAACAACAACGCGGUACGUGCCUAAGACAAAAGUUACCAGACGGCGAAUUGCCGGUGGUCACAAAGUUAUGAAUGCACCGAAAGAAUAUUAUCCAGUCGGUUACGAUAAGAAUUUCGAUGAUAAUUUUAAAUCGAAAGUCGACCUUCCAGCAACAACGUUCCAUUGUGGUGAUCAGAAACAUUUCCCUGGAUUGUAUGCUGAUGAAGAUCUCGGCUGCAUGGUUUUCCAUGUCUGUGCAUUGACUGAUGAUGGCUUGAUUAUGAAGUCGUUCUUGUGUCCUGAAAGCACACUUUUCGACCAGACAAUCUUGAAAUGCAAUUGGUGGUUCUACACUGAUUGCAAGAGCAGUAAAUCUCUCUACGAUUCAAACUUGCCGGUGUCAAAAAGCUACCAAUUGAUGAAAUCGCUGGCUUUCUUCAAUUCUAAUUAUAAGAAACCUGGAAACGGUACAGCAGAUGCAAUCGAUAAUGGAAUUGAUGUUGAAGCACUCAGUAAUUCAUUUAGUUCAAAACGGAAUCUUUAAAUAAACAAAAUGCUAUGAAAAUUGAUUGUUUAUCGGUAGACAAUUGGAAUGAUUAAAAUUCACGUGAAUCGUUAAAGAAUUGUUCCGAUAAGUCAUCAAACUUUCAGCAUGACCAGUCUAACUAGGAAUUUUUCCAUUGUAAAAAAGAAUGAACAAUUUUUGAGUUAAAAUCUAGUUCAAUUAAAUAGCGCUCUUUAUUUAUUGUCGUGAAUUAAUGUUUAAGUUUUAUCGUGCAGAAAAGGUUAAAAACUUUUCCAUGAAUAAGGAAAUUGUUUUAUUUUUAUUAUCACUGCCCAGGAAAACUGAAAAUUCCCAGCACUCUUUACUGAUAAACUCUUCUUUUAUAGUUUUUAAUGAAAUAAUAUUAAUCAUCAUGGAGUUCGGACACUUCUAAUGUACACUCAUGUGUUCCCUUAUCAUUCUUUCUUUCUUUACUUGUAGUGAGGUCAAAAAAGAAAGAACAUUUUAAAACUAGAAAUAUCAAGUUAAGUUUUACACACUGAAAGUUUUGCUCACUCAUUGUUUUUUGAAACAAUAUUCUUAAUAUAUGUAUUAGAAUUCACAUCAUUUGUCUAUUCAAUUCAACGCAUUGAGAAAACAAAAACUCAUUGAUCUACUCAGAUUUCAUUAGAUGAUGUUACAAGGGCAAAUCGUAAUAUCAAUAUUUAUAUGAAAUUCAUAAACUUUGUCGAUAAAUUGAUAGAUUUUAUUUAAAGAAAUAUUUAUUUUUGAUGAUGAAUAAAAAGAAAAUAGAAAUAAUUAGACCAAAAGCACCUUGUCGAUAUAGCAUUUUAAAAAGAACUGCAACUCUAAAUAUUUUCCG